AUGUCUUACUCAGAGACCCUACAGCUUUGCCAGAAAGCAAACCUCACCAUCGAUGAACUAACAGAACUAAAGAGCAUCUUGCAACGCGACAUGGAAGAUCCCCCGCAUGCAAGAAUUACUGGUGAAAAGGUGCACCAAUUAAUAAAUGCAACAAUAUCUUCGCGGAACUUACCGGCUCUUCAGUUAGUCCAUGAGUUUACACGAGGUAAGUAUUCUCCUACAACCGCUGGCAAAACGUCUCUUUCUUUUGCUAUUCAAGAACGAUGGCUAGACGCCGUACUUGUGCUGCUGGAUGACGAGAAGGAUGUUAUUGGGGCAAACACUCUGCAUCUGGAUGCGCUUGCGCAUGAUCCCGGACGCCAUGUGAUACUGGAUGACCUUCUGCUCAAAGACAAGGCAGGUCAUGGGGUACUGGAGUAUGCUGCUUGUGCUAGGAACCUUGUGCUCAUCAAGUCGAUCGUUUCACUUGUUCUUGCUGCAAAGACUGUGCCAGAAGGCGUCAGAGAUGCAUUUAUUUCUGCCUUUCCGUAUCUGGCAGAAGACUCCACAUAUCCAUGCACAGAUGCCGCAAUGUGUUUGAUCCUUUCUCCCCUUAGACCGAAGCUCUCCUUUCAAGUUUGUGAGAAGCAUGCAGCACUAGACUCACCAGCGCCAUAUCAACACUCAACAUGCGGCUCUAAGUUCUUCGCUGCAGGUAGCAGAUCAGCGAUGCAAGACAACUCCAAGCAUAAGAAACCCCACAUUCCUGUGGCGUCCGAUAAGACCGCUUCAUCUUCAAACGGUGUGGCUCGGAGGCAACAGACUUCGACAGCCGAUAUCGUUGACCACUUGCUAAAGUCAAGUUGCUAUGCUGAUCAUGUAAGUGACCUGCUCUCCGUGUUCCAUCAACAGGAGCAUAGUACAAGUAUACAAGGAACAUGCUUUUCUGGUAAAAUGCUUUAUAAUUACUUGAAAGAGCUUCCCAGGCAUCCCCCGCUUUUGAGAUACUAUACAUCUUUGCUACGCUGCAUCUAUCCUAACGUUUGCCUACACUACAUUGAUUUUGAGCUGUAUGUGUCCACAAAUAAGUGUAAAAUACCAUCCGAGAUUGGUCUCGUAAAAACAUACAAGGGGAAACCGAUCUAUGCCUUGCAGGGUUUGUUCUCAGCAGAUGUUUCGUUUGCUUCCAGAGGGAUGUUGAACGUCAUUGCAGCGAUAACGGGAAUAGAGUACGACAUCAACACAAAAAAGCGCCCAUGGCUUUCUACCUUAAGCUAUACUGAGUGGACCAAUAACAAUGUCAAGAAAUGCAUCAACUGGUUUCUAGGCAGCUCCCCGCAAGCUCUAGAUGACGCGUGUAGCACUCAAUCCCUUCUUACCCUUGUUACAGAUGAGUAUGUCCUUUCAAAGUUGCCCUCUCUUACUGACUCAUUUAAAGACAACCAAGUGAAGUUGCAAUCUCAUCAAAAAGGUUUAGAAAAUCAGAUAGGGUGCACGUUAUAUAGACACAGAUCUGGAUUGUAUCUUUAUCGGUUCCACGUUGACGUUGAUUCGCCACUGCCUUGCUUCCCGCACAUCCAAUACGCAACUGAUGCCCAGCCGAAGCCACUCGUUGACUCAUCCGGGAAACUUGUUGUCUUUGGUAAGGGAAUCGACACAGAGGUAAAAACCCUCAAAGCGCUUAACAUUACUCACGUAGUAGUGCACGAAGUCCAGCAGUUCUUUUCUCCAUUUAUUCCGGUACAAAGGCUAAUUACUAUAUCCAAAACUGCACCCUUGUCCACCGAGCCGUAUUGUAUUGAUCAUGAAAUUAUCAAGGAUCACACAGCUCUGCAUCCACGGAAAGAUGGACACUUUCAUUGUGCAUUAUAUGAUGCUCUGCAACUUUCGUUCUGCACUUACAGGUGGCUACAUCAAAUUGUCACCCCAGACUUGAUCGAACCCAAAAAUAUGCUUAGGUGCAAAGGUACCGAUAAGGUUACGGUGCUCAGGAUGCCCAGGAAGGACCCUGAUGAGAACGUUGAGGACUAA